UCUGCAUCUAGAAUUGUUUUCUAGACCGUACAGCGCGUUGUUGUUCGAGAGUUUGCCAAGUACUUGUUAGUUAGCAUGGCGGUGUCGGUUGUUGGUUUCGACAUUGGCUCACUGACCUCUUAUAUUGGUGUUGCCAGAGGUGGGGGUAUUGAGGUGAUAACAAAUGAGUACAGUGAAAGAGCUACGCCUACUUGUGUUGCGUUUUCAGGAAACCUCACUCUUGUAGGUACAGCAGCGAAACUACAACAUGUUAUGAAUGUCAAGAAUACAUUCACAAAUUUUACCCAGCUACUUGGGAAAAGUCUUUCGGACUUCGCCAUUGCUAAUGAAAGGAAGCACUUGACGAAUCAAAUUGAGGAGGCCGGUGAUGGUCGUGUCUCCCUCCCAGUUGUUUUAAAUGGAGUGAAUACUUCACUGAUCCCAGAACAAAUACUUGCUAUUCAGAUGAAUAAACUCAAAGAAGUUGCAGAGAAUGCAAUUGGUUCGAAAGUUGUGGAUGUUGUUGUUAAUGUUCCAACCUACUACACGGAUGCAGAAAGGAGAUCGGUACUGGAUGCCUCAAAAAUAGCGGGGCUGAAUUGUGUCAAACUGGUAAAUGACUUAACAGCGGUCGGGACUGCAUACGGAUUUUACAGCACCGAUUUGCCUUCGCCUGAUAAUCCUCCUAAGAUUGUCGCAUUCGUUAGUGUUGGCUAUACUGCUACGCAAGUCAGUAUUUCAGCAUUUAAUGCUGGCAAGAUGAAAGUCCUUGCGACUGUUUGCGAUACCUCUCUUGGUGGUCGUGAUUUCGACAGAAAACUUUAUGAUAAGUUUGCGAUGGAAUUUCAGCAACAGUAUAAAUUGAAGGCACCUCUAUCAGCUAAGGCUACCAUCAGGUUGCUUCAGGAGUGUGAAAAACUUAAAAAGGCAAUGAGCGCCAAUUCUUCAGAAUUACCUAUCAACGUCGAGUGUCUGGCGGAGGAACGUGAUUUAGCUAAUAAAAUGAAGCGGUCUGACUACGAAGAGCUGUGCUCAGAUUUGGUUAAACGUUUCCAGGAUAUGCUCACUCGCUGUUUGGAUACCGCUAAGUUGAAGGCUGAAGACAUGAAUGCAGUAGAACUUAUCGGUGGCAGUUCACGUAUACCCAUGUUAAAGAGUGCCAUCUUGUCCGUUUUCAAACAGGAAGGGAAAAUGAGUCUAAAUGCUGACGAAGCCGUUGCUCGUGGAUGCGCCUUCCAGGCGGCCAUUUGCUCACCAGCCUUUAAGGUGAAAGACUUCAGUGUAGUUGAACCAUGCUUAUACCCUAUUGUGAUACAAGUUGAUCGAGAAGAAGGUGGCGAUCAGUGCAUGCAAACAGAAGAAAUCGAUGGUACAGCAAUGACCCAGAGCAAAGACAUGUGCAUCGAAGUGUUUCCGCAUCUUCAUCCCAUUCCUUCUUCACGUCAGAUUGUUCUGACUCGACGUGGUGUUCUUACACUGGAAGCUCGAUAUGCAGAUAUAAAUCUCUUGCCUAACCAAAAUGUAUUGAUUGGGACAUUCAGAAUAGGGGACGCUUCUCAGUUAUCUACAGAACCUCAUAAAGUCAGAUUAAAGAUCCGAAUGAAUACUCAUGGUAUUUUCAACAUAUCACAAGCACAGUUAGUAGAAGAGUAUGAGAAAGAAGUUGAGGUCAGUUCUAAUGAGGAUAGUUCUGCUACCGAUGUAUCAGCGAGUUCAAAGACGGAAGUGACGACUUCUAGCAAUGGAGAUACUUCUAAUCCGCCUUCUGAUGACGUCAACUGUAAUCAGACCCCAAACACUCAAGAUUCAACCACAUCGAAAAAGAAGACAGUAAUGAAGAAAAAGAAAUUCACAAAGUACCAUGAUCUAAGUAUCGACGUUAGCAAUAUGCAGCUCAGCACAAAGCAAAUAAUUGAGUUUGGUGAAAUUGAGGCUGAUCUCAUUCAACGCGAUAAAAUGGAGCGAGAAAGAGUUAGUGCGAAAAAUGCCGUUGAGGAGUAUGUAUAUGAUAUGCGUUCUAAACUUCAAGGUCCAUUAAAUCCUUUUUCACCACCUGUCGAAUCAGAAUCAAUAUUACGUUUAUUGGAUGCAACAGAAGAGUGGCUGUAUGGCGAGGGUGAAGAUGUUAAGCGUCAGGUUUAUUUGGAGAAGCUCACUGAAUUAAAGCAUAAAGGUGAUCCAGUUCUUCAUCGAGCAAACGAGCACCUGAAUCGUCCUCUGGCAGUUGAGAAUUUCAAUCGGUCACUUGUGCAUAUAAGGAAAGUGUUGGACAGCAUUGCGGCUGGAGAACCGGCAUAUGACCACCUAACGCCUGAACAGGUUAAUCAGCUAGAGAACAUGAUAGCUCAAUAUGAGUGCUGGUUAAAUCAACAAAUGCUGCAGCAAAACCCUCGACCACAAACGGCAGACCCAGUUGUUAAGGUUUCAGAAAUUGUGUCUCAGCAACAAGCAAUGGAAUCAGUGUGCCACCCUAUUAUCAAUACUCCAAAACCAACGCCUGCGGGUCGUGCUGAUGAGCCAUCUAUUCCCAAUCCUCACAAUUCUGAUCAAUGCAAUAAUAUGAAUAACUCAAACGCAGAUUGCAAUGCGAAAUCAAAUCAUUCCAAAAAGACUGAGAAAAAUGAAGAAAAUAUGGAAUUAGAUUGAUGAAAUGUGACUUCUACCUAUCUGGGAUCUUGUCGUGUUUCAUUCAGCACUUUGUUUAAUUCUUCACUCGUUUGACUUUUGUUAUUCAUAGUUUGGGUUUUUUACGAAGUUGGUAACCGUUCUGGUAUCUUCAUUUCUACUAAUGGCAUGGCAACGUAAGUGAUGAUGCGUUAUUUGUAUUGAGUAGUGGUAACAGUAUUAUUACAUACUUGAAAGCACUGGGUGUAUAUGUGUGCAAGAUCUCUGGAAGGUGUUGCUUUGGAUGAAGCUGUCAGUUAUGAUUUAUGCUCACUCAGCGCUAAGGUUCUUUCCUGAGUCAUCGUCAAUACAACUGUCAAUUUAAUCUCGACGAAAAUUGACAGCGAUUGAGCGAACUGUUUCUUGUUUAGUUUGAUUUCCAUUUCGUUGUAGACGACUCUUGAUACUAGCCAAGCUAACUACAGUCUUCGAGAUUCCUGGUUGCUUCCGGUAGUUAUGCGUAGGAAAUCCCAUUGUGUAUAAACUAAGCUUUUAGAUUAAGAUAAUUAAUCGGCAAUUGUCAGUUUGGUGUGUUAGUCUUGGAUUCGUAGAUGACUGUGUGUUAAUUUUUUUCUCGUAUGUGAAUUACGCAUUCAAUAUCGGCCUUUAGAAAUUUAGGAGACUCAUAACCAAGUACCACUCGUUCCUACUUUAUUAUGAUCACUAGUCAAACCGAAUUUUGACCAAAUUAAAGGACAUAAUCUAAACCGUGUGAUGUAUUCAGAACAGUCGAACUAAUGGGUAAUGAAGUAAUUUUGGACACAAGAAUAAAAUCAGUAAAGCUAAAUUCUCCUGAAAGCGUUGCGUUAUAAAAAAAAUAUUACGAAUGACUGACAUCGACGUAAUGUGUCAUUGAACAUCAACUCAGUGUAAGUAUAAGUUUACCUAUGCUUAUUAAAUAUAUAUAACAAGUCUACUGGCACAAUAUUGUCUCGGUUCUGUUAGUUACUCACCAUGGUAUUAUACCUCAAACCCGUGUGACCAAGUUGGUGGGCUUGCCAGUAAUAAAUUGCUGGAGGAAGCGUCACUUUUCUGUGUCCAUAAGCAAUUGAUAUCGAAUGCAGUGGUUCAUGUCACCACACCUCACAACACGUACGCAUUCAAGACAAUAUGGUGGAGGCAACAAUAGAAACUCAAGACGGGAACCAAAGCUAAUUCUGAGGUGUAACAUGAGGUCGGGUCAAGUUGCAUCGCUGUUUCUAAGCCAUUCAACUUGGAACCCUAUGGAAACUGAUAACAGGCAUUUAAUGUCUGCCUCCUGUGUCACAGUGAGAAGAAAGCGUAAUGGCGGGACUCCGUCAUGCCCAGUCAUUGUAUGUUGAGUUUCUGAAACGUGCAUACAACAGUCAGUCUAUGGUGUUUACUUGACAUAAAUCAGACAGUGUAGGAAGUCAAUAAUGCUAGUAGUGAGUUCCUAUCAUCUUGUGUAUGACACAGGAAGGUACACCACUGACUGUACUCUAGUUGAUAAUCUUGCGUUAUGGGACGAGAAUGCAGUGCCUUCUAGGGACUUUUCGCAGUUUUCAUCUAUUCGCCCGCUGGUAUUUAACGCUUUACUUGCCGUUCGACAGUCGCAAAGUAGCAGUAAACAAGUCACUUGUUAGCUGAUGCUACGUAGGACGUCGGCACUGUUUUUCAAAGUAUCCUGUAAUAGGAGUGACCAGGAAAAUCGUCGCAGGCCCUUCAACAAAAACGCAUCGGCUCAAUUUAUUACACCCUACAAUAGUUCACAAAGAACAGGUGGAAACAAGAGACAUAUCAAAGUAGAUAAACAACUGUAAGAGAAUAAGUAAUCUGAAGACAAAGGUUAGUGCGAAUAUCCGAACUCUAGGUGUUAAGGAGUGAAUACAUCUGCACUAUUGUCACCGAUCUUCGGUCAUGCCGCCAAAAGUCCUCAACCAUCAGUUCCUUUCGUCUCGAGGACCCAACCAAGUAGCCUACAUCUCCAUACGGCUCAGACCAACAGUAAGAGACUUCGUUGUUGACUGGUGCCAGAUCUUCUUCUGGCCACCUUGAACCCUCUCCCAGCUCAUCCUGGAAUGACACGUCGAGGUGUGCGCAGUACAUUCCCAAGCCAUCUCAGUCGAUGAAGGUUCACAACCUGUAUUGUCUAGUACCCUUCACCUGACUUCAAUGUUGCUCAUAUGGUGCUUUCACCAAACGCGAGCAAUUCUACGAAGACACCUAUGAUCGAAACCCUGUAGUCGCUUCAUGUCUUCUACUUUUAGCAGCCAUGCCUCACAGUCGUGCAUAAGGACAGAAUGGAUCGCAACGUAGUGUACUCGACAUUUGAUAGAUAGUCGGGUGUCUUACCAGUCGGCAAGUGCCACACAGGUCUUGUGUUCGAGUUGAGGUCUCGUCAGCAACCAACCCGUCCGGGGUGAUGCAACUCUCCAAGUAAGUGAAGUGUUCGACACAUUGCCGAUCAUUAGACUGGGAGUACUUACAGCGGACCUGUCGAGGAGCAUCAUCUCACAUUUGGCAGCGAGAAGAAUGCCAAACAUACUCAGAUUUAUGCUCAACACGUUCAAAACGUCCUGCAUUUUGUCAGCAUCUCCCAGCAGGACAAUAUCUCCUGCCAGAUGACCGCCGGGGAGUAGGUCAAUCCAUGUGAAGUGAGAAGUAUCUAAGGUUGUGUCCAUUAGUACUUCUAUGACCAAGUUAAUUAAGAAAGGUGGCAGCGAACAUCCAUGUUGAAGACCGCCAGUUGUGAUGACAACUCUUCAUAAGCCGUGGUACAGCUGCGUGAGUUCGAGUAGAGAGCUUUAAUAGGCAUUGUAUGCUUUAUAGGAUUUCCUUCACAGUCAUAGUACAUAGAAGUACACUGGUCGGGUAUUCGUAUGUCUUUUUUGAAAAUCAGGUAGUAGCAAGGCUGCUUGAAUAAAUAACACAUGGUUUACGUAUGGUGUUGAACAGUUUUGCCGAACAUUAUUAUUUUAUUCGCUGUAUAUCCAAUUUGAUGCUCACACGGAUUUGAAAUAGACUACGGUCACAAUGACAAGAGAAAACUUAAUUAUACAAGCUGAGACUCAGCAUUGUUAUAAUGGAUAGUGAAAGUUCUAGAUGUCGUAGUUAUUUCUACUCGUUUAUACGCAUGAAGACUGUGACUGGUGAUCUACUGACAAAUGCAGAACACUAGGGAAAUAGUUCAACCAACGUUUGGUUACAGUUUGUUCACCCGCAAUCUAGUUGAAACCUGAAGAAAACAGCAGAGCGGACCAUACACUUGUUGAAGUUGAGAAGACUAGCGAAUCAGGAACGGAGAUUCCCCGCAAGUCCAUUAUG